AUGGAUCUCCAAGGAGAAAAGAACUCAGAACUGAAUCUGGCUGAGGACUCCAGGAGACAGCAAAGGAAAGGCAAGAUCAUGAAAAGUUCCAUUUUACAAACCAAACAGCAAAUGUGCUCUGUGGGAAUAGAGUUUCCAAAUGCUUCUGAAGAUCUUCAAGGGAAUGACAAGGACCAUUGCCCAGAUUCACCAUCCCCACCAGAGAAGCUCAUUGCUGGGAUCCUGGGAGUCAUCUGCUUUGUCUUGAUGUACAUUUUAGUAAGAAUGGCUCUCUCAUACUCUUGUGGUCAUUGUCCACCAGAGUGGUUUACAUAUUCCAACAACUGCUAUUACAUCAGCACUGAAAAUAAAACAUGGGUUGAGAGUUUGAUGGCCUGUGCUUCUAAGAACUCUAGCCUGGUCUACAUAGAUAAUGAAGAAGAAAGGAAAUUUCUGAGUUCCCUGUCACUUGCGUCAUGGAUUGGAAUUUUUCGUAGAAGCAGUGAUCAUCCAUGGAUGUUGAUAAAUGGUUCAACUCCCACACUAGAGUGA